GAGCUUAUGUUAAUGUUGAUCAUAGGCAUGCUUUGAAGCACAUGAAAGGAGGGAACUCCAUCCUCAGCACCACAUCAGUUACUGCAUACAAAGGAAAUCCUAAGCUACUUGACUAUGCAUCCACUAAAGGGGCUCUAGCAGACAGAGGCAUAUGUGUAAACGGGGUAGCUCCCGCCCCGAUUUGGACUCCAUUGAUUCCGGCAUCAUUCAGCGAGGAAGAGGUUAAGAAUUUUGCGUCUCAAGUGCCAAUGAAGAGGGCGGGUCAACCUAUUGAGGUUGCUUCGUCUUAUGUCUUCCUUGCCUCGAACUCAGACUCCUCCUACAUGAGUGGCCAGGUCCUCCACCCUAAUGGUAUGUCCUUGAACAUAGUCAACAACAUGACUAAAACGAUGUUUCACAUCCAUUCUGUUUAUCUUUGUGCUUUGUUAUUGUUGCAGGAGCUAGAGCAUGGAAACUAG